AUGGGGUCCCUGUGGCCCUCUGAGGAGACACUGCAGGAAAUCGUGGCUAAUCGGUAUCAGCAGCAUUUGUACAACCAAGACACACGCUUUGGCCCUGUACCGGCGAUUUGUGCAGCGAAACGCUGCAUUUCAACCGGCUCACUCGGUGUUCGUUUGACCACUGAAUUUAGGGUAGGAGAUCGAGCUUCGGGUGAUCUGGAACGCGCGCGAUUGUCCGCAAUCUUGAGUUCCGGGCUUUUGGAUCUUUCACGUUUUGGCGAAGAUAAGGGUGGUUUGAAUGCUGUCGAAGCCGCUGCCGCUGCCGACGCCCGUUGUCUCCAUAAGUCGAAAGCAACACUAGCCAGCAAAUUAAUGUCAGGUUUACCUCCGGGAUGCACAGUAGGGUCCUCAUCGUCAAUAAGAGUGAACUUGACAUACGUGAUUAACAAUGAUGCUUCGCUGCCGUACAACCAUGAGUUAUUUGAAAGCCUUAUUGUGAAGAAAAGAAUGGGAAUGGACUUUGAGCUACAGUCAUUCCGCGGUGCCCGUACCUCCGAACAUUCAUUCAGGCAAUCUGGGUAG